AUGCUUUUUUUCUUUCGUUCUUCUUUCUUUGUUAAAAAUGUUCUGUUCGUUUCUCUCUCUUUUAAGUUAUUUUCCUUCCUUCUUUCUUUCUUAUUUUUUUCUUUCAUUCAUGGUUUUUAUGUUUACUUCCUUUCAUAUAUCUUUCUUACUCUUUCUUUCUUUUCGUGUUUCUUUCCUUCUUUCGUAUAUCUUUCUUACUUUCUUUUGGUGCUUCAUUCUUUCUUUCUUUCUUUCUUUCUUUCUUUCUUUCUUUCCGUAUAUCUUUCUUACUCUCUCUUUCUUUUCGUGUUUCAUUCUUUCUUUCUUUCUUUCUUUCUUUCUUUCUUUCUUUCUUUCUUUCCUUUUCCUUCUAUUCUUUAUUUAUUUCUUUCUUUCCUGAUGUAUGGAUUUUCUGACUCUCUCUUUUUCUUUGGGUCUUCAUUCUUUCUUUCUUUCUUUAAUUUCUUUCUUUCUUUCUUUCUUUCUUUCUUUCUUUCUUCCAUUAGAUUCUUUCUUUUCUUUCUUUCUUUUCUUUCUUUCUUUCAUUCUAUCUUUCUUACUCUCUCUUUCUUUUGGUACUUCAUUCUUUCUUUCUUUUCUUUCUUUUUUCUUUCUUUCUUUCUUUCUUUCCCUUCCAAAUAUAUCUUUCUUACUCUCUCUUUCUUUUGGUGCUUCAUUCUUUCUUUUUCUUUCUUUCUUUUCUUUCUUUUCUUUCUUUUCUUUCUUUCUUUCUUUCCUUCCGUAUAUCUUUCUUACUCUCUCUUUCUUUUUCAUAUUUUUCUUUUUUUCUUUUCUUUUCUUUUCUUUCUUUCUUUCUUUUUUUUCCGUAUAUCUUUCUUACUCUCUUUCUUUUGGUGCUUCAUUCUUUCUUUCAUUCUUUCUUUACGUAUAUCUUUCUUACUCUCUCUUUAUUUUUAUAUUUUCCAUUCUUUCUUUCUUUCUUUCUUUCUUUCUUUCUUUCUUUCCUUAAAUAAUAUCUUUCUUACUCUCUCUUUCUUUUGGUGCUUCUUUCUUUCUUUCUUUUCUUUCUUUUCUUUCUUUCUUUCCGUAUAUCUUUCUUACUCUCUCUUUCUUUUGGUGCUUCAUUCUUUCUUUCUUUCUUUCUUUCUUUCUUUCUUUCUUUCUUUCCGUAUAUCUUUCUUACUCUCUCUUUCUUUUGGUGCUUCAUUCUUUCUUUCUUUCUUUCUUUCUUUCUUUCUUUCUUUCUUUCCUUCCGUAUAUCUUUCUUACUCUCUCUUUCUUUUGGUGCUUCUUUUCUUUCUUUCUUUUCUUUCUUUCGUUUUCUUUCUUAAUGGUUUUCUUUCCGUAUAUCUUUCGCCUCUCUCUUUCUUUUGGUGCUUCAUUCUUUCUUUCUUUCUUUCUUUCUUUUCUUUCUUUCUUUUCUUUCUUUAA